CAUUUGUCUAAUAAUCAUUCAUUAAAAAAUGAUUUGAUACGAAGAUACUUAUCUUCUUUUUGUUUGGGUUUGGUUCACAAUUUGUUUAAACUUGCGAGUUGCGACUGAUUCGGGUAUUGUAGCUGUCUUGCACGGGGGAAAGCAACGAGGAUGCUGUUGCCGCCAUGGAAACGGUGGAAGGACGCAAUCAACCUCCAAUUCCCCCAAAUCAGAUAAAAUUACUAAAAUUCGUGGAUGAGGAGGGAGAAGAUCGGAUCAGUGUGUUGCCAGAUUGCUUGCUUCUUGAAAUUCUCUCUCGUUUACCCUCCUCAAAAUACGCAGUUAGAACAGGUAAACUCUCCAAGCGAUGGAAACACCUUUGGACUUUUGUACCUACUCUGAUUUUCAAACAUAAUAGAGAUGAUGAUGAUUUCGUCUUGUUCGUUGACAAAACCCUAAGUCAGUGUCAUCAAUUGAAGCUCAAGAAAUUCGUAGUAUAUACUGUUUAUGAUAUUCGGUUUGAAUCGCAAGUCAAGAAUUGGAUUCGUUAUGCUAUAACUUGUAAAGUUGAAGAGCUUCAUUUAACGUUAAGGAAUACGGAAUUCAAAUCAGAGUUUGUGUUAGAUCAAUAUAUUUUCACCAAUUCAUGUUUUACUGAUCUGACAUUAAAAGGCUGCAUGUUUAAUCCAACUGGGACUAUUAGUUGGAAAAAUCUUAGGAAAUUGUGUAUAUACUACGUUAAAUUGAACACAGAUUUGACUGAAAAUAUACUAUCCGGGAGUCCUCAAUUGGAAACGUUGGUAUUGGAGGAUUGCUAUGGUUUCAGUCUGCUUGAUAUUACUUCAAAGAGUGUUAAGAACUUGGUGCUCUCUGGAUACGUUGUUGCUUAUGAUGAAUCUGAAUCCGAUAUCAUCCGAAUCAAUGCUCCCAAUAUUUUAUCACUAACAAUCGAAGCUGAAUUGGUCUUGUGGAAGCUUUUGUUGGUAAAUGUGUCUUCUUUAGUCAAAGCUAACUUAGAUUAUAUAAAUGACGACAUAACUUCUAAAGAAGAGGAAGAAGAGAUGCUUAAAGGGUUUAUAAUCAGCCUUUGCCAUGUCAAGGAGCUCACACUUGGAGUUUUCUGCUCUAAGGUGGUGUCUCGUUUGGAAGCUAAAGGUUUUGUUUCUCCAUCAAAUAUGAAGCUUCCUGAUAUUAUUUCCCAUUUAUAUCCUGAUGAUGAUUCGCUGGAGCAUGAUGAUUGGUCUGAUAGUGAUUAGUUUAUUGGAAUUAAUUGUUAAAAACAUUAUUGGCUCUUAAGCUUAAUAUAUCUAUUAGUGUUACUUAAA